AUGGCAAGAGGAAAUGGGGCAGCAAAUGUCAAGCUCCGGCUGCUAGCCGAGAGAGAAUGUCAAGCAGCCAGUGAGCAUUGGUGGGUUUCCGUGGCUCACAACCACUAUGUGGCCAUUUGCCACCCUCUUCAGUACCCGGUUCUCAUGAGUGUGAAGGUCUGUGUCUGCUUGGUGGCUGGGUCCUGGCUCUGUGGCUUGGUGAAUUCUGUGACUCACACAGCACUGGCAGCUACACUCACCCUGUAUGGACCCAAUCACAUCAGCCACUUUCUCUGUGACAUCCCACUGCUCCUCAAGCUCUCAUGCUCAGACACCUCUGUCAAUGAGUCUGUGCUCCAUGUGGCCAGUGCCACCAUCGGCCAGCCCUGCCUGUUCACUGCAGGCUCCUACAUGCUCAUCAUCUCUGCCAUCCUUAGGAUUCCCUCUGCUCAGGGCAGGAGAAAGGCCUUCUCCACCUGUGCUUCCCACCUCACUGUGGUGGUGGUUUUCUUUGGAACAGCCAACUUCAACUAUGACAGACCCAGGGAAGGCUUCUCCCUGGACAUGGAUAUCCUGGUGUCUGUGCUCUUCUGUGUUGUGACCCCCAUGUUGAACCCCAUCAUCUACAGUCUGAGAAACAAGGUCAAGGGCAACCUGAGAAAGUUUACUGGAAAACAUGGAUUCUCUGAUGUGGAAAAAACCAUGUUCGAGACUAUGUGA